GGGAGGAGAAAGCGAAGAGAAGAAAUGCUAGUGUCGGUGAUACUGAUAAAAAAUGAAUAACCAGUGGAUCUCGCCAAUAUCACAUAAAAACUUGAAUUCAAAUUACAGAAACCAAUGCGAGUUGUCGGUUCUAAGUUUGCAACGCACACAUGCAACUUAUACAAACUUUCUAAAGACUCCAAAAUAAAAACAACACUAGUCAAAAUCUUCAUCAUCCACAGUUUUGGACAAACGGUUGAAAAUUCCAUUUUAAUUAUAUAAUUAAAUAUUCAAUAAAUUGUACACCGAUAAUAGUACUACACAUAUUUAAUUCUAGUGAGUGAGUGAGUUAGUUCUUGUUGCACUAUUCCACUCAGACCACACCGUUACUGGAAGCAUUUUUCUUACACCAUAUUCUUCUCAUUCACAUUAUUGUUUUCGUAUAUCUAGGGUUCACAUUUCUUGUCCCCUAGAUCUACUCGUGGAUCACCGUCGAAUUGCUAUCUUCUUCGAAUGCCGCUUCAGUUCCGGUGAAUUCGGAAAUCUAUCGUGAUUUUUUCGAAAUGCAUAUCCUCAGUCCUGUUACUCCCGGUCAGAUUUCGUUCUUGCUCGGGAUCAUUCCGGUCAUUUUGGCAUGGAUAUAUUCCGAGAUAUUGGAGUAUCGCAAAAAUUCUGUAACGUCCAAAGCUAGGCAUUCGGACAUCAACUUAGUUGAAGUGAGCAGUAUUGCUGUUAAAGAUGAAGAUAGAGAAGUUUUAUUGGAGGGAGGAGCUCAACUGCCAGCAUCCCCAACCGGCUCAAAAGCUCGAAGCUUAACUGCCUCCUCAUCAGUUAUCCGAUUCCUCUUGAUGGAUGAAAAUUUCCUGAUUGAAAACCGUUCGACACUUAGAGCCAUGUCUGAAUUUGGCCUUCUUUUGGGUUAUUACUAUUUGUGCGAUCGCACAGAUUUCUUUGGCUCAUCAAAAAAGAGUUACAAUAGGGAUCUCUUCCUCUUCCUUUAUUUUCUCCUCAUCAUAGUUUCGGCAAUAACUUCAUUUACAAUACAUCAUGACAAGUCGCCAUUUUCUGGGAAAUCCAUACUUUACUUAAAUAGGCACCAGACUGAAGAAUGGAAAGGCUGGAUGCAGGUAUUGUUUUUGAUGUACCAUUACUUUGCUGCAUCUGAAAUCUACAAUGCAAUCCGUUUGUUCAUCGCUGCAUAUGUUUGGAUGACUGGAUUUGGAAACUUCUCAUAUUAUUAUAUUCGUAAAGAUUUUAGCAUGGCAAGAUUCGCUCAGAUGAUGUGGCGACUUAAUUUCUUGGUAUUGUUCUGUUGUGUUGUACUUAACAACAGUUACAUGUUGUACUACAUCUGCCCCAUGCACACUCUUUUCACCCUUAUGGUUUAUGGGGCACUCGGUAUUCUCAACAAGUACAAUGAGAUUGGGUCAGUCAUUGCUGCCAAAAUCAUUGCUUGCUUCUUGGUUGUUAUCUUAGUAUGGGAGACACCUGGAGUCUUUGAAUGGCUUUGGAGUCCAUUUACUUUCAUGCUCGGUUAUACUGAUCCUGAUCCAUCUAAAUCACAAUUCUCCCGCUUGCAUGAGUGGCAUUUUCGUUCAGGGCUUGAUCGCUAUAUAUGGAUAAUUGGAAUGAUAUAUGCUUAUUAUCAUCCAACUGUUGAACGAUGGAUGGAGAAAUUGGAGGAAGCAGAAAUAAAACGCAGAAUAUCAAUCAAAGCUGCUGUUGUGCUACUAUCUUCUGUGACGGGUUAUUUAUGGUUUGAGUAUGUAUACAAGCUGGACAAAGUUACUUACAACAAAUACCAUCCUUAUACCUCCUGGAUUCCCAUAACGGUUUACAUAUGCUUGCGCAAUAUUACACAAAGUUUUCGUAGCUAUACACUGACCCUUUUUGCAUGGCUUGGGAAGGUUACACUGGAGACUUACAUCUCCCAGAUUCAUAUCUGGUUAAGGUCAGGUGUUCCAGAUGGUCAACCCAAAUUGUUGCUUUCCUUGAUCCCAGACUACCCAAUGCUGAACUUCAUGCUUACUACUUCCAUAUAUGUUGCAAUUUCCUAUAGGCUCUUUCAGCUAACCAAUACACUGAAAACGGCAUUUGUGCCCAGCAAAGAUGACAAGCGUCUGAUAAACAAUUUAGUUAUAGGGACAACUAUCUCCGUUGUUUUAUAUUCGUUGUCCUUUGGUUUCCUUAGGAUACCCGAAAUGUUGCUUGGAAAAAUGAAAGAGGAAAAGACAUAGACAAACCAACAAAAGAUUUGAAGGUGACGGAGGAUCCCCCUUUGGCAUGAAUCUCAUUCACAUUGAACCAAACCAAGUACUCUUUAGCCUUAACACCCGUAAGACACCUGAUCUUGUUUGGUUCCACAUAAGCAGUGACCAACGAAUCAUAACUCACAAGUAUGUUAUCAAACUUGCUUUGUAUUUUCUUCCCUAGCUUGAGCCAAACAAAGCCUAAUUCCUUCACGUGACCACAUUCCUCAAUGUCUUGCAUGGAUAAUAAUCCACCUGGUAGUCCUUU